AUGCUGGCGAGGUGGAGGUCGUGGGCUCUCCCCAGGCGCCUGCGGGCGGCCGUGGUCCCGAUGCGGCUUCGAUCGGCCUGCGUAGCGGCCCUGCUGGGCGUCGUCGCGCUCCUCGGCUCGGCUGGACUCGUCCUGCUCCGAGGGGACGCCUGGAGAGGUCAAACCGUCGUGCCGCUGUCGCAGACGGCGAAGGGCAGUGGGUCUCUCGUAACGGCUCCGCUGUGCGACACCGAUAUCUCUGGUGACGGCGCGAUACCGGAACACGGUGGGCAGGGCGAGGCCUCGAUAGCGUUCUUCGUGCAAGGAACCAGGGGGGACGUGCGCCGCAUUCAGCGGCUCGUGCGGCGGCUCUGGCACGCGGACAACUUGUACAUCGUCAACCUCGACGGCAAGGCGUCCUCCAAGGAGCGCACCCUCCUGCAGUCCUGGGUGGAGUCUCCGCGCAGACACAGCAACAUCCUGCUCCUCGACCCUCCCGUCAGGGUGACCUACCGCGGCUUCUCGAUGGUUCUCGCGACGCUGCGGGCCAUGGCCGUGGCGCUCGAGCACCCGCGGUGGACGCACUUCAUCAACGUCAGCGCGACGUGCUACCCGAUGCUGAGCCCCGACGUCAUGCGGCGCGCGCUGGCCACGGCGCCGGAGGGCGCGUCCUUCGUCCACAACCAGAACCUCGAGAGGCCCGACGUGGACGGCAGCCGGUGGUUCCGCCGCGACCGCUUCCAGAAAGUCUGGAUCGACAACGGUAUCGCGGGCACUGGCAACGCCAGUCUCGCCGACCCACUGCACGUCGCCGACAGGUCGCUCCCUGCCGAGUGGCAGCUGCUCAAGGGCGAGGCGUGGAUCUGCGCGCACCGAAACCUGGUCACGUACGCCAUCGCAGGCUCGGACGGGCUCUCUCGGCACAUGCAAGCGUGGAUGGUCAACACGGUGUCGUCGCCGGAGUCGUUCUUCCAGAUGCUGGCGUGCAACAGUCCGCGGAUGAACAGCACCGUCGCCGGUCGGACGCUCUGGCACGUCCCGUGGCCGCGCGACGGGUCCGCCUCGCAGCACGCGCCGAUCGUGCAGGCGCAGGACGUCGUGCACGCAGCGUCGAAGGGCCACUUCUUCGUGCGAAAGGUGCGGGACCCGUCGGUCGCGGACCUCAUCGAUAGGACGGUGCUGCGGCUGCCGGGGGCAGCAGCCGGGGCGGCCCAGCCUCGCGGCAGCGCAGCGUACCACGAGGAGCGACUGCAGCGAGCGACAGACUUCCUAGCGCGCGCAGCAGAGACAGGCUGCGAUCUCUUGUGA